UAUAUCCCUCUCAACUUAUUAGCUGGAGACAUGUGAUGAGGCCUGAAACUACCAUUUGAGGUUACUCUAUUUAAUACAUUCUUUUGGAUCAAUGGAUUCUGAAACUCUUUUUGGACUUGUUUUACAGCCAUUUGACUGGAUUAAGAAAACUUUCUUCGAGAAACCCCAACCAGAGGCAUAAAAGGCUUGCAAGUCUGCAACUUUGGUACAUCACUUUUGUCCGGGAUGGUUCCUGACUGAAGAGAACUUGGAUAACUCAGCAAAUAAUACUCAUCUAUAUGGAUUGUUGUGCUUGCUUCUGAUGCAGGUUGCCAAGGAUCCAUCAGGGAAGGACAUCAAUGCACUUGAGCAGCACAUCAAGAACCUCCUGAGCCCUUCCACCCCAUUUUUCUUCAAUACUCUGUACGACCCUUACCGUGUUGGCGCCAAUUUUGUUCGUGGGUACCCCUACAGCCUUCGUGAGGGUGUCCCAACUGUUGUUUCUCACGAGCUUUGGCUCAACAUUCCAGACUGCGAUGCCCCUACCCAGCUUGUUAAGCCCCUUGAGAGAAACACCAGGUAUGUGGAUGCUAUUCUUACGAUCCCAAAGGGCACCCUCUUUCCUAUGUGUGGAAUGAACCUUGCAUUUGACCGUGAGCUCAUUGGUCCUGCAAUGUACUUUGGUCUUUGGGUGAUGGCCAACCUAUUGGACUUGUUUUGCAGCCAUUUGACUGGAUUAAGAAAACUUUCUUCGAGAAACCCCAACCAGAGGCAUAAAAGGCUUGCAAGUCUGCAACUUUGGUACAUCACUUUUGUCUGGGAUGGUUCCUGACUGAAGAGAACUUGGAUAACUCAGCAAAUAAUACGAGACCCCCUCGUGUUUACUUGUUUGUUUUUUUAUU